UGGGGAUCGAAAUCGAAUGGUUGAAGAUAGACUAGUGACCAAUUGUGGAUAUCCUGAUUGUAAGAAACUGACAGUAUGAGUUCGUCUAUGAGAUUAUUAAGUUUGGCGACUAGGGGUUCAGCCGCAGGAAUUCGUUUGAAUUCUGGACUUUCUCAUCAAUCUAUUCAAAUAAUAAGAUCCUUAACUAUGGUGAAUAAAUGUGGUAUUAAUUCUAAUAUCAUUCUUCGACCAUCUAAUAUACCAAUUUUGGCAUCUAUUAAGCCUGUAUUGGUUUCUCAUGCUUAUUCAACCAAAACUACUGCAUCUUCUCCACCUCCACCUCCACCACCAUCAGAUAAUUCUACUCCUCAUGAUAAAAAUGCUAAGGGUAAAGUCAUUCUUAAACGAGCCUCAAGAGCUUUCACAUUUUCAUUAUCAUCAUUAAUUGUUCUUGGUGGUACUGGUAUUGCAUUGUUAGUAGUAUACUUAAUUUUAUCAGAAUUAUUAUUACCAUCUGGAGAUACAAGAACUUUCAAUAAAGCAGUUAAAUUAGUUGAAAAAAAUGAAUUAGCUCAAAAAUUAUUAGAUUUUAAAAAGGGUGAUAGAUUAAAAGCUUAUGGUGAAGUUGCUGGUGAUAGAUGGGUAAGAAAUAGACCUGUUCAAAGCAUCAGAACAAAAGCUAAAGAUGGUAAAGAUCAUCUUGUUAUGAAAUUCCAUGUUGAAUCUGAUAAUGGGAAACAUGGUAGAGUAACUUUAGAACAAAUUGAUACAUCAUUUUGGAGUUCUGAAUUUGCUUAUAUUUCCUUAGAAGUAGCUGGAGGUAAAAGAAUUUAUAUAAUUGAACCAAAAUUUCAAUCAAAGAACUAUGUCCCUCCCGUAAGUAAUAGUACCGGAUUUCUUGGUCUUAAAUGGGGUCCUAAAAGAGAUAAUUGAUAUUAUUUAAUUUAAUUUAAUUAUAUUAUAUUAUAUUUAUAUUUAUUUUUACAUUUUCAA